AUGGCAAAAAGCGGGCUGAAAAGAUCUGUAGACACUGUGGAAAUGCUUGCCGCUCGGCGAAGCCCUAGAUACAACAGAGAAAAACAAACCCCGAAGAAAAGAAAAUCUAUCCUGGACCAAUCGGAGUGGGCGGCAAAGCCGAAGCAAGAGAUCGAACCUCUCCAAACUAUCAACGAAGCUUCUCAAUGCCAAGCAAUCGAAACAGAUUUGGAAGAUGGAGACUCAAAUCUGCCAGAUAACUGCGCUAUUGGUGUUCCUGUGGUCAAGGGUACAGCAGCAUCCUACAUUGAAAUCGGGAGGGAGAGGAUAGAGAUAACGCUGAUGAAAAGCGUACAGAGCAAAAAUUUCGCUUUUGUCAGAUAUCUCCUCAUGGCAGGCUGGAUUCCUGAAACGGGGCUUCCUGCUCUUUGUCAAUUUAGUAUCACAGUGCAUCGCUCUUCCAUGAAGCAGGAGCGCUUGUGCGUCAGGAAUGCUUGGGCACUGCACUACGCUAUAUGCUGCGAAUCAUUUUGGUGUGCUGCUGCUCUUAUCGUAGCGUUUCCACAUCUGGUGCUUCUCCCGUGUGUCGUCUCGGUUGAAGAUGGUGCGGAGGAGGAGUGGACAAUCUUGCAACUCACCACAUACUUCUGCGAUCUCUAUCGCGAGCAAGGCAACGGGCAGGUCUACGAAGCGUACCGGAGCGCUUUGGACGUUCUCGAGGCCUUCCUGCUGCAGUGGGCAAUGGUGCCUUUCAUGGAGGAGGAGACUGCUCAGAAGCGUCUCGGUGCUGCUGGUGAUAACCCCGAGGAACUGGUGAACAAUCUCACAACAGCAGCGAGAAGAAUCAAGAACGAGUUUCAACACGACAGCAAGUGA